UUCUAGAGCAUGCCUGGGCAGGCCCUUUCCCCUGCUCCAGAUCAGCGAGCGGCCAUGGCCGGCUCCUACCCCCGCCAAGGCAAAUCGCGGGGGAGGGCCACCACGCGCCAUGUCCUUCCACCCACGUGAGAGGAAACCAUGGUAGGGUGCUGUAGGUGUCGUGCACCGACCGUGCUGCGACAGGGGAAGGGUACACACGCCGGUGAUGGCGUACCCCCGCGCGCAACUGGCGAGUGGUGGAGCUGGUCUCCGGCUACGGUGGAGUUGCAAGCGGCAAGGGGCAAAGCUGCAACCGGCAAGCGGCGGAGCUGGAACCGGCCUGAGAAGGAGCUGGAAACAUUUGAUUUUUUUGCUGGAAGCAACAUUUUGUUUUGCUCGAACUAGGCUCUUCAGAGCUACGAUGAUGGAACAACACACUUUUUUGCUGGAAGUCAUGUUUCUUUUUGCUGGAAGCGUCACUUUGGAUUGCUACUGUCGAUGCAUCACGACGAGCGGCAGAGCUUCAUAUCUGCAAUGGGGACAAGAGAAAAGCUACGACAGUUGAGGGAAAAAGCUACAACCAGUGUUUUUUUGCUGUCACCGAUGUGUGGUUUUCUUUCACUGGGACGUACGACCUGUGGUGGCGGACGGCCGUCGCCGGCAGCACGGUGAUGCCUCGAGCGACGAACCGUCGGGGCGAGAUUCGACGGCGAGCGUCAGGGGCCAGUGUGGCGACCCGCGGCGACGGGCGAGCGCGCGAGGGUGAGUGCUUCGAGGUCGGUUGUGUGCUCGUUCAUGAAGAGUCCGAGUAGGAAGAACGAGCAGGGGGGAGAAACAAGAUCGUGCGGCUACGAAGCGCUUUUAUCGUGCGGUCCUGGUGUGACCGGCCCAAAGUUGGGCCAGCGCGCCGGCGCCUAUUAGCUCCCAUCAAUCAAACAACUUAAAAUCCUCUAGAAUUGAGAUGACCAUCACAUUUCACUCCUAGAUUUUCCCUAUUCCCGUGUAUUUAGAGUCCCGCGAAUCAAAGAGGACCUAGAUGAAGAUAAAACUUAAAGCUCUCCGGUCUUGGUUGAGUCGCCGAGAAGUUUCAUACUUCCUUCGAGAACAAUAAGUAUCGCAGUUUUUAACACCAAGCCCUUUUCAUUCUAUGCUUGUAGCUCCGUGUUCAUCGUACUGAAAUAUGCCAGGGAUAAUGUCUUGUACAGCAAGGAAACAGCGACCCCUCAGAAUUCAGAUACACGAACGAAACCUUGAGAGUACGAGACUCUCGACGUCACGAGCACCCACCGAUCGGCAAGUUCUCGGUGGUGGCCGCGCGGUUCUGCGCGCGGCGCCCGACGGCGUUCACCGUGGCCAAGACCGGCUGGCCGUGGGGCCGCGACCUGACCGUCACGGACGCCAGCGGCGCGGCGGUGAUGCGGGUGGACGGGUCCUUCCUCUUCGGCCGCUCCGUCCUCCUGGACGCCGCGUCGCGCCCCGUGCUCACCGUGCAGCGCCGGCCGUCCCUGUUCGAGGCCCGCCGGACGUGGAAGGCGUUCAAGGGGGACAGCACGAGCUCCGACGACCUGCUCUUCUCCGCCGUCGUGCGGCCUUCGCUGACCAACACGGGGGACAUCCACGUGCACCUCGACGGCGAGAGGCGCCGCGACUUCGUCGGCGUCCGCCCCUGGUACCGCGGGACUGACUGCGCCAUCACCCACGCCGGCGCCACCGUUGCCCAGAUCGAAAGCUCGGGGGGAUUCUUGAGUCCGGCUAAGUAUGACGUCCGUGUCAACGAAGGCGUCGACCAUGCUUUCGUCCUGGGCCUCACCGUGGUUCUGGAGGGUAUACGUCUCGACGACGCCGAACAAGAGAGGUCACGAGCUAGAAAUAAUAAAAGGACUGUGCUAUUUCACGCUCGCUUUCCACUGAUUUUUUUCCUUCUUUCAAAAACCGUAAUAAAUCGCUAA